AUGUCUCACCUCGGUGAUAGCAAUUCAUCAUCAGUUGCUCUCCCUCCUAAUGAUGCUUUGGAAAUUCAAUUUACCUUCAGUAAGAAUAACACACCAAAGAAUGAACAUGUUAGAUUUGGAUGUAUCCAAUUGAAUGAAUUGGGUUUUGUAACAGAUGUUAUAUUUGAUGAUCAUAGUGGACCUCUUUAUCAAUUAUCAAAUUAUCACAAAACCAUAUCAUUGAAAUCAUCUAAUCAUACAGAAAAUGAUGGAGAAUAUAGUCAAUCCUUUCUCAUCAAACCAACACUCUCUCAAUUAUUUACAAAUCCAAAAGAAUUACUUGAUGUUCCAUUUAAACUAUUUCUCAAAGACUUUCAUAAACAAUCAUUGAAAGGAAUGAAUUAUAUUGAAGCAUUCAAUGCAAGUAAAUUAGAUGUGGCUCAUGAAAUGGAAGUUUUUAAACAACAAGCAAUGGAUGAUGAAGAAUUUGAUAUUGGAGCAACUUUAUCCGAUCCACUAAAGACAUAUAGAGGUAAAGCAAAGUGUUUUAUCUUUUUUGUUGAAGGUGAUUUGAGUAAAGCUAUCAGCCCUCAAUCAAAUUUAAUUGUUGAAUGGGGAAAAUAUGUUUAUGGUGAUAAUGUACCUAAGAAUGUCAAGACAGAAUUCAAAUCAGAUUGCAAAUUCACAUUUUCAUAUAACACUCUUACAAAAUUUAAGAAUAAUCGUGUUAUUUACUUAUCAAGUAUGUUGUGGAUGGAUAGCACUUCACAAACUUGUCAAUUUACUCCUUUGGGAUUGAAUUUGGGAAAUCAAACAAGUUCAAUUAUGGAAUGUUACAAAACAGGAUUGAUUCAUGAUCAAAUUCCUAAAAAUGUUUUCCCAACUCAAAAUGAUGAUUUAGUUCAUUCACCAUACAAAUACUUUGAAUUAAAGAAGAAUAAUUCAGUUGUUUUGGAAGGAACUCAUCAUAAUAGUGGAGUUAAAUACUUUUACUUUGAAAUUUCACAUACUUUGGUUGGUAAAAAGUUUAGUAUUAGUUCAAAAGCAGCUUGUUUGGAUAAGGGUAAUUAUGUAAUGAAUCAUAUUGGAGAACCUAUUUUCAAUCCAGCAUGUGAAAAACCAGUCAUUGUUGGAAAGACUCAUUCAAAAUCUGAUUGUACAUUCUCUGUUGAUUUGAAUCAUGUUCCUGAUGGAAUUGAUAAGAUUUUAUUCGUUUCAGUUUUCCAAGGUAAUUCUGAAACUAAUUUCAUCAGAGUUAGAGAUAGUGUUAUGAAAGUUUACAAUGAAAAGAAGGAACUUGUUUCUUCUCUUUUUGCUUCUCCAGGUACUGAAUGCUGUUUGAUUUGGGGUGUUUUAAAGAGAUUGCCAAGAGUGAAUAAUGGUCCUCAUAGAUGGGAGCUCUAUAACAUGGAUCAGUACACUGAUCAGUCUGGUCACUUGGGUGCUUACAAGUAUGCUGUCAGACAUAUGCCAGUUGUCUCUCCUCUAAUUGAUACUGUUGAUACUUGUCCACUCCUUUCCAAUGCCUCUGCUAAUAUGAGUACAACAGUUGAAUUUUCUACUCAAAAACCAUUGCAUGUUAAAUUGAGAUUAGGUAAAAGAUUGGCUCCAUAUCUUGUGGAGAAUGAUGACGAUGAUGAAGAUGAAGGAUUCACACGUAAACUCUCAAAGAAACCAUUCAUUACAAUGGAUUUAUGUUAUUUUGAUAAGUAUGGCUAUCAUGUAUACCAUGAAACUGCCAAACAGGCAAAAAAUAAGUAUAAUACUGCCUUUGAACUUGCGUUGAAGGAUCAGGUUGCUAAUUUCCCAUCUCUCAAGACAUUGUUCAUCAAAAUUUCAUUGAGAUUACCUGAAACAACUAUCAGAGGUGAACCAAAACCAUAUUAUGAUUGUGAUUUUGAGGAUGAAACUAGACCAAGAACACUUUCUCAAGGAUUUAUUAAUUCCAUUGUUGAUGAAACUCAUCGUUUUAUUGUUUACGAUGAGGAGAAGAAUCAAGAUUUAUUUGCUGUCACUGUUCAAGAUUUGAGUUUGAAUGAUCAACAGGAAGCUCUCAAAAAGAUUAAGGACAAAACAGUGAUUAAACCAUCAUUCGAAACUGAUAUGCUCAUGAUUAAAUUGGAGAAGGUAGAUAUCAAAUCAGAUUUGUGGAAAGUAGUGCCAUUGAGAGCAGAUUUUAACAGAGAAACCAACUGGAUUGAAAAGAUCAGAAAGGAAAUGUUAUCUGAUUAUAUUCGUUUGAGACCUGCUGCCAGAGUUUUAGCACCAAAAGAAACAGUUUCUACACCAUUUGUUGAUGAUAUCUAUAAGGAUAUUGUCACUUCUGUUAUGGCAGUUGAAGCAUCAAAGAUUCAAUACAAACCAAAGCUUCAGGUUUUGACAGUCAAUAGUGCAAUUGAAUUGACUGAACAAAAUUGUAGAUAUGGUAAUCCGCUUUGUGUUGAAAUUAUUACAAGUCAAAAGAGAUUUACUUAUGCAGGUGAAAAUUCUAGAUUUGAAGUUAGUUAUAAGGAUUAUGAUAUUCAAACACAAAUGCUUGGUAUUGUUAUUAAUUUUGAGUUGACUGCAGUUCCUCCACCUGGUGAAAUAAUUGUUUUGAAAUAUUUUGAUCAAAUUGUUGGAGGUGAAAAGUUUAGAGUAGUAAUUGAUCCUUCCAAAUGUGGAUGGGCAAAGGUUGGAGAUGUCUUGUCAGUAUUGUCUGUUAUGAAGGAUGUUGGUACGAGAAUGAUUAAUUCACAAGCAUUAUGCAAGGUAAAUAUGCAAGACUUUAAUUGUUUGCUUCCUGAACCACCAAAGCAUUUAAUGGUCAAGAUUAUUAAGGCAGUAGAUCUACCUGCUCACAAUAAUGACAAACAUUCUGAUCCAUAUGUUGUAGCCAAAUUUGAUGAUGGAAAGAAAGAAGUCAAUAAGAAGAAAACAAGUUUAUUUAUUACAGAUCCAAUUAAGAAAUGUUUGAAUCCUGUGUGGAAUCAAAGUUUCAUGAUGUAUGUUUGUUAUUUUUUGUUAUUUAAUUAA